GCCUCAGCAGACACUUCUUCCCUGUCCUGUCGCUGAUGGGCGACCGCUCGUCUUAAAAGCCCCUGGCGACGCCUUUCCCACGCCCUACCCCUUUUUACUGCGCUGCGCACGCCCACAGCCUGCAGCUAGCUUGCGACGGGACACAUGACGACGACGCGCCCCGCCGCUACGACCGAGGAAGAGGAAGAGGAGGAGGCGGUGGUGGCCGCCUCUGCAGCGGCCAAUGCCGCGCCACCGGACGCAGACGAUCGGGAGCAGCAGAAGAAGGUUCGGGCGAGGAAGAAGAAGAAGCGUCGGAGGGCGCCGAGCGAGGAGGAGCUGGCCGCGCUGAGGUCCGUGCUCCGCUGGGCCCGCCGCGGCGAGGCGGGCGACGACGAUGCGGCGGACUGUGGUGGGCACCUGUUGCCGGCGGGGAGGCGGCGGCCGCGCGUGGCGGUGGAGCUGCAUGCGCACUCGACGCGCAGCGACGGCUCGCUCUCGCCCGCGGCGCUCGUGGAGCGCGCGCACCGCAACGGGGUGAAAGUGUUCGCGCUAACUGAUCAUGACACCAUGGCGGGUGUCGCGGAGGCGAUGGAGACUGCAAAGGAAUUUUCCAUCAGGAUCAUCCCUGCUGUUGAGAUAAGUGCAGUUUAUUCGCCUAGUAAUGGAUCAGGAGCCAAUGAACCUGUUCAUGUUCUUGCAUACUACGGUAGUUGGGGCCCUGCUAAAUCUCAGGAACUGGAGAAGGUUCUAUCUAGCAUCAGGGAGGGCCGCUAUACACGUGCCAAGGAGAUGCUAUCGAAACUUAGGAACCUCGGCAUGCCAUUGAACUUCGAAGAUGUAUCUAAUAUAGCAGGGAGUGGGGUGGCUCCAGGGCGGGUGCACGUUGCGCGUGCCAUGGUUGAAGCUGGAUAUGUUGAUAAUCUUAGGCAAGCUUUCAGCAGGUACUUGUACGAUGGAGGGCCUGCUUAUGCUACUGGUAGUGAGCCAGCUGGGGAAUCUGUUGUGCAGCUAAUAUGUAGAACUGGGGGCAUAGCUGUUUUGGCUCAUCCGUGGGCAUUGAAAAAUCCUGUUCCUGUGAUAAAGGAUUUGAAGGCUGCUGGUCUGCAUGCUAUUGAGGUCUAUCGAAGCAAUGGGAAACUAUCUGGAUUGAGUGAUCUGGCUGAUACUUAUGAGCUUCUGAAGCUCGGUGGAUCAGAUUACCAUGGACGAGAUGACAAGGAAGAACCUGAUAUAGGAAGUGUUGAUCUUCCGGUCUUGGCAUUUUUUAGAUUUCUUGAGGCAGCUCAACCAAUUUGGUGCAAUGCUAUCAAGGAAAUUUUUGCAAACGCCACUGAAAGAACUGGCUUGAAUGGCCCAAAAGGAUGUCAUCGGACUAACUCUGUAGAUGAUUUAUGUAAUACGUGCCUUUCUUCUCCAGAACUGGGGGAAACAGAUGAUUCUGAGGCUGAGGUCCUCAGGACGGAAUUUGCGGACAUUAUCCUCAGCAACAGAAGCUGCAAGACGCUUAUUGAACAGCGAGCGGAAAUCACCUCUCUUCUCCACUGACACAGUCGGGUUUGUGCAGUUUUAGACAUUGACUGAGACUCUGACAGGACAUGAUCUGGGCUCCACUUUAAUCUAUUCAUAUUCUGGAAAAAUAUAAAUUGUCCAGUGGGCAUGUGAUGAUGUUUUAUAUGAUCGAUUGAAUGGAGUGCA